AUGUCCCAGAUCGUUGCGUCGCCAGUUCAGAUGGCGGACGACUGCUCCGGGGACAUCUGCCACCUGCCAUCAUCAACUGCCGGAACCUGCUUCCAGAGCACGCUGCCUUCGCAUAGCUGCAGUUCUCAACCGAUGCCGUCUUUUGCCAGCAGCCCUUGGGAGAUGACUCCACAAUUGUCGGAGGUCCCAAGUCUUAUGAGCCAUUCCAACGGUUCAUCUCCUUCAAACUCCUCCAGUGGACACGAAGGCUUCAUUGGCGUCGCACAGGAGCAGCACAACAAGCGCCGAGCGCAGAAUCGAGCAGCUCAACGAGCAUAUCGUGAUCGCAAGAUGCGGCACAUGGCCGACCUAGAGAUCGGCAUCCGAGACGUCGAAGAAAAGAUCCGACGACUCCAGAGUGAGAAUACAGAGCUCAUCCGUGAGCUGUGUGAAAUCCGAGCAGAGAACCGCGAGUGGAAACAAUGCCAAACUCAAGCCAACACCAGUGUCCGUACCCCCCAUCACCGUCAAAACCGACCCGUUCGUGCGUCAGAAGCUUCACGAAGACCGAGAGAUCUCGACAAUACCACAGACGGGGUUGAAGACGCCGGGACCGACGAUGUUUUCGACGCAGUAUGGAACCUGAUCGAGCUGGAUCCUUCUGUCGUCAAAGGCAACGUCAAGGCGGAGGCUUUCCUGCAGCGUCUACGAGGGCUGGUUGAUAGCGGAGCACAGCAGGCAUCCCAAUUGGGCUCGACAUUGGACGACGGCCUAGAUAAUCCUCAUUCAGGCGGUCGUCGGAGGUGA